AUGGAAUUUAAAAACGAUAUUCCUACAAAAGAAGAUUUGGAUUUUAUAGUUGAUGAUGGUUAUAAUCAUGAUGAGGACCCAACAUAUGAGCCUAAAGAUUCUUACUCAUCAGAUGAUGAUAAAUACGUUAUUUCAGGUAAAGAGUUUAAAAAACUAACCAAAAAGGCUAAAAAACUCGGCGCUGAAUCGCUUGAUUAUUCAACACGUAAAAAUAACAAAUAUGUAGCCACACUUUCAAGUGGAAAGAAAAUUCAUUUUGGGUCAUCACAAUAAUUAUCCAGACUAUCUUAUUCAUAAAGACAAAGAUUGAAAAGAGAGGUAUCUUGCUCGAGCUAAAAAGAUUAAAAAUAAACAGGGAGAGUUAACUUAUACUAAUCCUGAAUCAUCUAAUUUCUGGUCUGUAAAUCUACUCUGGCCAGAAAAAUAAUGUAAAGUUAUCUAGGUAUUAAAUAAAAAUAAUGAAAGCUUUUUCAAUUGAUAAAAAACAUUAUGAAAUAAAUGGUGGAGGAUUUACUCCUAGAACCGAUCAUCGUUAUAUUUGUCUUUGUUGUUAUGAUGGGUCUAAUGAUGAAGAAAUGAUAAAUGUUGAAAUACCAAUUCCUAUUACAUUAGAUGAAAAAUGGUUUGAGAAAAUAAAAGAAUAUAAUAAAGGUUUAAAGAAAUAAAUUAUUUUAAUAAAAUGCAGUUAUCCAGCUAUGAUCAUAUUACAACCGAAAACAUUCUCUUUAAUGAAGCUGAAGAGUACAAAGUGAAAGAUAGCAAGAUCAAAUACAAAUGUAUCCCAAUUGAAGUCAAAUAUCCAAAUGGAAAGAAAGGAGCUUUGGUAAUCGAAACUCCACUUCUUUUCAGCUUUGGUGUGAAUGAGAAGAAAAAUCAAGAAACAAACAAGUUAGUAGGUUAUAGUAUGCCAGUAUGUCUUUGGGCUAAAGAUAGUGAGCCGAAUACUAAAGAAAAAGCAUUUUUUGAUGCUAUUAACAAUGUAACAUCUAUCUCUCAGCAACAUCGUCAAAUACGGUGCAGAUCUAGCAUCAACUCUAUCUUCACCAUUUUAUCAUAA